UGGAGGCGAGCGCUCACGGCCAUCUGGUGGUCACCUGGGGAACUGCAGGUACCAUGAUGUGGGGUGCAGGCAGCCCCCUGGCCUGGCUCUCUGCUGGCUCAGGAAACGUGAAUGUGAGCAGCGUGGGCUCAGCAGAGGGGCCCACAGGCCCAGGCGCACCGCUACCCUCACCCAAGGCCUGGGAUGUGGUGCUGUGCAUCUCAGGCACCCUGGUGUCCUGUGAGAAUGCGCUGGUGGUGGCCAUCAUUGUGGGCACUCCCACCUUCCGCGCCCCCAUGUUCCUGCUGGUGGGCAGCCUGGCCGUGGCCGACCUGCUGGCAGGCCUGGGCCUGGUCCUGCACUUUGCUGCUGUGUUCUGCAUUGGCUCUGCGGAGAUGAGCCUGGUGCUGGUUGGCGUGCUGGCGAUGGCCUUCACCGCCAGUGUCGGCGGCCUACUCGCCAUCACCGUCGAUCGCUACCUUUCUCUGUACAAUGCCCUCACCUACUAUUCAGAGACAACGGUGACUCGGACUUAUGUGAUGCUGGCCCUAGUGUGGGGGGGCGCCCUGGGUCUGGGGCUGCUGCCUGUGCUGGCCUGGAACUGUCUGGAUGCCCAGGCCACCUGUGGCGUGGUAUAUCCACUCUCCAAGAACCAUCUGGUGGUCCUGGCCAUUGCCUUCUUCAUGGUGUUUGGCAUCAUGUUGCAGCUCUAUGCCCAGAUCUGCCGCAUCGUCUGCCGCCAUGCCCAGCAGAUUGCCCUCCAGCGGCAUCUGCUGCCCACCUCCCACUACGUGGCCACCCGAAAAGGCAUCGCCACACUGGCCGUGGUGCUUGGCGCCUUUGCUGCCUGUUGGCUGCCCUUCACUGUCUACUGCCUGCUGGGCGAUGCCCAUUCCCCACCCCUCUACACCUAUCUCACCCUGCUCCCUGCGACCUAUAACUCCAUGAUCAACCCCAUCAUCUACGCCUUCCGCAACCAGGACGUGCAGAAGGUGCUGUGGGCCAUCUGCUGCUGUUGUUCCUCUUCCAAGAUCCCCUUCCGAUCCCGUUCCCCCAGUGAUGUCUAGUCAUAUCUUGGUGACCCUUCAGCCCUGAUCACUACAGAAU